AUGUCCUAUCCGCAAGGCUACAUGCAUUCACCCAGCACAAACGGCUAUACUCGCGCCCCACUCCACCCGAUCCCAUCACACCAAGCGGACAAAACCUACGGAACUGUGAUAUCGAGGAUUUCCUUCUGGGGAGACUGA